GCCAUGGCGGAGCAGGAGAGCCUGGAGUUCGGCAAGGCGGACUUCGUGCUGAUGGACAGUGUCACCAUGCCGGAGUUCAUGGCCAACCUCAAGCUCAGAUUUGAAAAAGGACGCAUCUACACGUUCAUUGGAGAAGUCGUCGUCUCUGUGAAUCCUUACAAGUUGUUGAACAUCUACGGGAGGGACACCAUUGAGCAGUAUAAAGGACGUGAGCUGUAUGAGAGGCCACCGCAUCUCUUUGCCAUUGCCGAUGCUGCUUACAAAGCUAUGAAAAGGCGAUCAAAAGACACAUGUAUUGUGAUAUCAGGGGAAAGUGGAGCUGGUAAAACUGAAGCCAGUAAGUACAUCAUGCAAUAUAUUGCCGCCAUCACCAACCCGGGUCAGAGAGCAGAGGUGGAAAGAGUGAAGAAUAUGCUACUUAAAUCCAACUGUGUGUUGGAAGCCUUUGGAAAUGCCAAAACCAACCGUAAUGAUAACUCAAGCAGAUUUGGAAAAUACAUGGACAUCAACUUUGAUUUCAAGGGGGACCCAAUUGGUGGACAUAUCAAUAACUACUUACUAGAAAAGUCUCGAGUGAUUGUGCAACAGGCAGGAGAGAGAAGUUUUCAUUCUUUCUAUCAGCUACUUCAAGGAGGUUCAGAGCAGCUUCUGCGUUCUCUCCAUCUCCAGAAAUCCCUUUCAUCCUACAACUAUAUCCAUGUAGGAGCACAAUUAAAGUCUUCUAUCAACGAUGCUGCAGAAUUCAAAGUGGUAGCUGAUGCCAUGAAAGUAAUUGGCUUCAAACCCGAGGAGAUUCAAACAGUGUAUAAAAUUUUGGCUGCUAUUCUUCACUUGGGCAAUUUAAAAUUUGUAGUAGAUGGUGACACACCCCUUAUUGAAAACAGCAAGGUUGUAUCUGUCAUAGCUGAAUUGCUCUCUACGAAGACUGACAUCGUUGAGAAAACCCUUCUUUACCGGACCGUGGCUACCGGCCGCGAUAUCAUUGACAAGCAGCACACGGAACAAGAAGCCAGCUAUGGAAGGGACGCCUUUGCUAAGGCAAUAUAUGAGCGCCUUUUCUGUUGGAUUGUUACUCGCAUCAAUGAUAUUAUUGAGGUCAAGAACUAUGACACUACAAUCCACGGAAAAAACACUGUUAUUGGCGUCUUGGAUAUCUAUGGCUUUGAAAUCUUUGACAACAAUGGCUUUGAACAAUUCUGCAUCAAUUACUGCAAUGAGAAACUGCAGCAACUAUUUAUUCAGCUGGUUCUGAAGCAAGAACAAGAAGAGUACCAGCGGGAAGGGAUCCCGUGGAAGCAUAUUGAUUACUUCAACAAUCAGAUCAUUGUGGACCUUGUGGAGCAACAGCACAAAGGCAUCAUUGCGGUCCUGGAUGACGCAUGCAUGAACGUUGGCAAAGUCACUGAUGAGAUGUUCCUUGAAGCCCUUAACAGUAAAUUGGGCAAGCAUGGCCAUUUCUCUAGUCGAAAGCUCUGUGCCUCAGACAAAAUGCUGGAAUUUGAUCGAGAUUUUCGCAUUCGACAUUAUGCAGGGGACGUAGUAUAUUCUGUCAUUGGUUUUAUUGACAAAAAUAAAGAUACUCUAUUUCAAGAUUUUAAGCGCCUCAUGUAUAACAGUUCAAAUCCUGUGCUGAAGAAUAUGUGGCCAGAAGGGAAACUGAGCAUUACAGAGGUGACCAAGCGACCCUUGACUGCCGCCACCUUGUUUAAGAACUCCAUGAUUGCUUUAGUGGACAAUCUUGCAUCAAAGGAGCCGUAUUACGUGCGUUGUAUCAAACCCAAUGACAAGAAAUCCCCACAAAUAUUUGAUGACGAACGCUGCCGGCAUCAAGUGGAAUAUCUUGGCCUACUGGAAAAUGUGAGGGUGCGUCGGGCCGGGUUUGCCUUCCGUCAGACGUAUGAGAAGUUUCUUCACAGGUACAAGAUGAUCUCUGAAUUCACCUGGCCCAACCAUGACCUUCCUUCAGACAAAGAGGCUGUCAAGAAGCUGAUUGAGCAUUGUAGGUUCCAGGAUGACGUAGCUUAUGGGAAGAGCAAAAUUUUCAUCCGAACUCCCCGAACAUUGUUUACCUUGGAAGAACUCCGUGCGCAGAUGCUCGUUAGGAUUGUCCUCUUCCUACAAAAGGUGUGGCGGGGCACCCUGGCCCGGAUGCGGUACAAGCGGACCAAGGCAGCCCUGACAAUAAUCAGGUACUACCGGCGCUACAAGGUCAAGUCCUACAUCCGGGAGGUGGCCAGGCGCUUCCAGGGGGUCAAGACCAUGAGAGACUAUGGGAAGCAUGUCAAGUGGCCAACGCCUCCCAAAGUCCUCUGCCGGUUCGAGGAGGCCCUGCAGGCGAUCUUUAAUAGGUGGAGAGCAGCUCAGCUCAUCAAGAGCAUACCUGCUACAGACCUGCCACAGGUCAGGGCCAAGGUUGCUGCCAUGGAAAUGCUGAAGGGUCAGAGGGCUGACCUUGGGCUCCAGAGAGCCUGGGAGGGCAACUAUCUUGCUUCGAAGCCAGAUACACCACAGACCUCAGGCACUUUUGUUCCUGUUGCUAAUGAACUGAAACGCAAGGACAAAUACAUGAACAUCCUCUUUUCCUGUCAUGUCCGUAAGGUGAACCGAUUUAGUAAGGUGGAAGACCGAGCUAUUUUUGUCACCGACCGUCAUCUGUAUAAGAUGGACCCCACUAAACAGUACAAGGUGAUGAAGACUAUCCCUCUCUACAACUUGACUGGCCUGAGUGUCUCCAAUGGAAAAGACCAACUUGUAGUGUUCCAUACAAAAGACAACAAAGACCUCAUCGUCUGCCUCUUCAGCAAACAGCCAACCCAUGAGAGUCGGAUUGGAGAACUUGUUGGAGUCCUGGUGAAUCAUUUCAAGAGUGAGAAACGCCACCUUCAAGUCAACGUCACCAACCCGGUGCAGUGCAGCCUACACGGCAAGAAGUGCACGGUCUCCGUGGAGACGCGGCUCAACCAGCCCCAGCCCGACUUCACCAAGAACCGCUCAGGCUUCAUCCUCAGCGUUCCGGGAAACUGA